AUGAAACUUCGUUCACAUGAAAUACUUUCAACAAAUAAAAAACCACUAGGAUCAUCAUCAUCAUCACAUCCAUCACGUUUUAAACAAUUAUUUCAACGUAAAAAUAUAUUUAAAAAAAAAUUUCAACAACAACAAUCAACACAUCAACAUGGUCUUGUUCAUGCAAUACCAGAUUAUGUUCGAAAAAGUAUAUUUCGUUUUUUACUUGAAGUUAAAUCUUCAACACCAUCAUCACCACCACCACCAUCGUCUUCUCCUUUACGAUCUAUUCGACAACCACCAUUAAUGGGCAUUCAAGCAUUAAAAAAAAAACAUCACCAACCAAAACGUUCCUUACGUAUACAACAACAACAAACUGUUAUUGAUAAUAAUCAUAAAACUUUCGAAGAUUAUCAACAACAACAACAACAACAGAAUAACUAUGAUAUGACUAUAUUACAUAUGAAUAUAGAUGAUGCUAAUGAUGAUGAUGAUGAUGAUAAUGAUUUAAUAUUUGCAACAAAAACAAGUACAAAUCAAAAGAAACCAAUACCACAAUGGGCAAGAAAAAAUGAAUUACAAAUAGCUAUUUGUAAUCAAUUAUAUUUUCAUCGAAAUCCAAGUGAAAUAUUUGGUAAUACAAUGGAUUGUUCACCAGCACAUUUACGUACAAUACUUCAUUCAAUGUUACCUAAUGUUGAAUUAUUAGAUGAUAGUCUACAUCAAUCACCAUGCAAUAGUAACAAAUCUAUAUUGAUUUAA